AGCUUCAACUAACAGUGUAGCAUGGCCAAAGCAUUUUCGUUUCUUUUCGUUAUUUUGAGCUAUUCAAGCUAUUUAUCGAUAGCUAUAGAGGUGGAACCAACUCCUGAAGAGUGGGUGAAUCCUUGGGAUAUGACUAAAUACGAUGCAGCUGCUAAAACCAUUGAUCACGGGGUGAGUUUUUUUCAUAUUCGUGUACAUUUACUUCCGCGCGAAGACCGAAUCCAUCUUUUUAGCGUUAUCAAAUAAACAAUUGUAUCGCGUCGUUCGCUGGCAAUGCUGGUUUUCUCCUGCUCAGUGCAGACCUGUGACCUCUUAAAUGAACCUGGUGAAAACGAUGAAACGAUUAGAGGGACGAGCUUUUAAGUUUGUGGGCCGAUUAGAGAGAUCGUAGUUGUUUCAACUAAAAUCCUGGUUAUCGGGCUAACCCACUAUGAAACUGAGUGAUUCCGGUUGAUUAUUGAUACAAACUUCCACAAUUUCACAAUGAGGUGGAAAUGUGUAUAGUUAAAAGUAACAGUUGAUUUAGAUUUUUCUUUUCUUUUGCUUUAAGUGAUGUGAGUGCAAUCAAUUGGGGUAAUCAGUUAUAUCAUUUUUCAUUUGCAGGACACUUUAAGUGGCCUUCCUAAAGAUGGUGAUUCCAGUCCUAACCACAGUGCGUCCAUCGCCAGGCUUCAAGUAAAGCUAACACAGUGUCAGAAAGAUUUGGAAAAGCUGCCUGCUCAGUGCCAGGCAUGUGCUGAGAAAACUGUUGACAAUGCCUCACCAUGUGAAACGCCACACUUUAAGAGGGUAAUCAGAAUCAUAUUAGGCAAUCUUGAAGAUCGUGGUGAUCAUGAUGUGACAAUUACUGCUUCAAAAGAUGACACUGCAACCUUAGAAAAAUUCAUCAAAUCUGAUGACGGAAACAUCCAGGAUGCCGCAGAAGUAGUCACUACUAUCAUAUCUAACUUUAAAAGCAAAGGUAGCAUGUAUGACUUUAACCAAUGGGACUCAUCAUCCUUCACUUAUGUAACUAAAGAGGCAGUUCUUGUCCUGGCAGCACUGUUUUUUGUGCUCUGUGCUGCAGUGGUUUUUGAGAGGUAUACAACUUUAACUUGGCGGAAGCAACUUUGGUGUGUUCUUUUCCUGUGCUUUGCUGUAAGUAUUCCGUGGGAGUGGUACCAUCUGUACAGAAAGGCAUUUGCGUCUAAACAAGCACAGAUGGAAAAGGAGAUUCCCAAGGAGUGCCGGCCAGAUCAUCAGUUACGACCACUUGAGUCUCUAGUACUUUGGUUUAGGAACUCAUUUACCUUUACAGAUGACAUGUGUAUCAAAUACCAGGAGACAUUGCUUGUUGAUCCAUUCUGGGAAAUCUCUCCCUCUAAAGUAAGUAUAUUUUCAUUGAGGUAAUCUUGGAUCCUUUCUCUCCCAAGAUCUCAUGAGUAAUUCUCAUUCCUGCCUGUCACACAUGUCAAAUGAUGUUAGUUUGGAUAACUUAGUUUUGGAUCAACUAAUUAUCACCUAAUUGAUAUUGUACUAUAUUCUCAUCUAUGCUUGAUAUUGAAUUGAUAUUGUAAGGAGAAAUUCUGUCUUGAUCACUCAUGGGAGUUAAAUGAAUUACAGCAGCUCUCUAAAAGAACUCUUACUGCAUCUCAAGCCAUCUGUUUAGAUUUAAACUAAAACUUGUUUAUAAUUCAUAUUUUGAAUUCCAAUCUUGGGGUCGGUCUUUUGUACUUGCCUCGGUUCUCGUCAAGUUUUCAUAACAUAAAUCAAUGCUGUGAUUUUUGUUCUCUUUAUGCACUGAAGAUCAUGGGAUUUACUCUUUCAGAAUUUUGAUUUGUUUACAAAAAUGUUUACAAUCCUACACACUAAGCACCCUCUUAGAAAUGGUGAUGUCCAUGCUUAACUUUGUGAUGGUUGUGUUAACUAAAAGUGACAAACUGAAUUGCGGUGAUUUCGCCAACGAGUGAUUUCGCCAACAUCACAUUCACCAAUGUCUUUGGUCGCUUCGCCAAUGCGAUGAGUCACUUCGCCAACGUCCUACUGGUCACUUCGCCAACGCCAAAUAUCUAGUAAUAACUUAGUAAUAACUUAGUAAAUAUGCGCUGGAGUUAUAGAAUUAGUAGUAGUAGUAGUAGUCUACAAUGUAUUUAUAUAAAUCUCUGUUCUAGAAGUCUCAAAGGUAAUUAUAUAAAUCUCUGUUAUUGACAAAUAAACCUUAUAGAAGAACUUAAGGAAAAGGUUGCACAUGCAAGUUUAUUGCUCUAAGUUAAAUUCAGCAACAUACAGCGCUGGUGACGCGUGGCGUGCCGUGCAUUUAUGUGGGCCCACUGUGUUUUAAGUUGCGCGUACAAGAGAAAGAAACUAAGUCUGAACAAAAUAACGGAAGGAAACUAAGUUCGAACGGGGAAAUCAAGUCAGCUCAGUCAAGUAAAUAACACACAGAAGCAAGAAGAAGUAAUGGUAAAUUUUUAUUUAGAGUAAACUAAUACAUUGGCAAAGUGACCAGUAGGACGUUGGCGAAGCGACUUUUUGCUUUGGCGAAGCGACCUAAGACGUUGGCAAACGUGACAUUGGCGAACGUGAUGUUGGCGAAAUCACUCGUUGGCGAAAUCACCAGAUACCGACAAACUAAUCAUAAUGUCAGAUAUAACUAUUGAGUUUGGGAUCAAGUAUUGAAACAAUACAGUUAAUUGAGACUGUUUUAAUCAAGGGGCAAAUAUGCAAAGCAAGUUUCAGAUUGUGUUUAAAUCAGUGACAUCUAUAUGAACUCUUUCAGGCAAUUUCUGCAACAGUGGCCAGUAUCAUUGCUCAGCCAUUUGAACACAUUGCAGAGGCCUUGGGCAAGAGUUUUCGAGCAUUGUUCAGAGAGGUUCCAUUGCAAUGGCAGCCGUUUGUGUUUAUUGCUGUAAUCUUUUUAAUUGUUGUCAUCAUUUUCACAAUUAGUGGAUUACAAAUAAGGCUGCCAUUUGUAACAAUCGCAACUACCACUGCCCCUGCCUUGCCUGGAAAUAUCCAUGGAAAUCUGCAACAGCUUCAGGACCAACUCCAGAAUGUUGUGCAUCACUUAAAUGAUGUGCCUGCACAACCCAGAGGUGCAAUUGAUAAUGCUCUCUUACAAGAGGACAUCCACAAUCGUUUAGGGCAGGUUUAUGAUGUUUUGAAUGCCAUAAAUGAAAGACAACAGAGAUUGGAAGAGGACAUGCAAAGAGCCCAGCCUAUGAUUCAACAAGCUCCUCAGCCAGCACCAGAGGGCCUUGGUCAUGUGGAGGCUGGUGCUACUGUGGUUGGGGCACAGGAAGAGAGACAGCCUGUCUCAGAAACACACCCUGUUGCUGCAACAACUUGCGCUGUUACAGAGACACACCCUGUUUCAGAGACUUCCGAUCCAAAAACUCCUGUUCAGAAUAUAGAUACUGCUCAUGUGAGGGAUUUUGACUUCAAGGAAUCUUGA